AUGCGAAUAUCACGUGCAUUUCGGAUAGGAAAGCCCAAACGACAACAAUACCCGGACAAACCUUAUAUUCGUCCAAUACUGGUAUCUUUCUCUGAACAAUCUAAUGCAGACAGCGUCAUGGAGAAUGCCAAGCUACUAAAGAACACCAAAUUUGGUCUAUCCCGGGAUUACCCGAAAGAAAUUCGUGAAGCACGUCAAGAAUUAUGGCACGAUUACAAGGAUGCGAGGUCAAAAUAUGGCCCCCGAAAUGUCAAGCUUAAGUAUCCUGCUGCCUUGGAAGUAAACGGAGAAACAUUACGCAAUUUAUUCCCUGGAUGGCACUCAAUUCUACGAGGCUCACGUAACUCUAACGUGGAAUCACGUGUCAACGAGACUUACACGAGAGCAGCUGAGAAAUCAUCUAUACUCGCACGUGACGAGACCCUCAUCGAGGAAGAAACAGGGGAUGACACUGAUUCGAUUCAAAAGCGAUGA